AUGAGUGACUCGGCGGCCCCUCCUCUUCAUCUAGGGCCCAUGGAGAGCGAGAUUAAACCAAUGGCGACUAAGGGAGGCGGAUUGACCGCGACACCUGUUGUUGAACGCGGCAGGAAGCGAUCGCCUUCGCCUCUCACUCUGAGCGACGAUGAGGAUUUAUCCGAUCCUACCCAUGGCGACGGCGAAUGGCUGCUUAGCGACAGCGACGAGGAUGAGGAUCAAGAGGACAAAGGGAUAUACCGACCUUUUACGGUUGAUGAUAUCCCACGGCCCAGUUGUGACCAUAAGCAGCAGACUGAUGUUUUGCAUAAAAAUCCAGAAACUAAGGUUCGAGGGCCUUUACCAAUAAGGCUCUUUCCUGCAUUCAAAUCUGGCAAACAUAUCUUUGGUUCAGAGUAUAAUCUUGCUGGUAAAUCUCAAAUCAGUCUCGAUAGUGUUGGGGAUUGUCCAAAUGAAUGCUAUUGUUAUCCAAUGGAUGUGCUUCAAUUUGUUGAUAUCAAGAUUGCUGGGUAUCGACAUACACAUCCUGGACGGGUCAAGAUGUAUGGUUUCAUUGCAGCACGGGAACCAGAAAACCCCUUGCGCAACUAUGUCUACUGUCGUGAGAUAGAAAAUUGUGAAAGUGUACCUGUGAAGCAAAAAACGGGUGUUGCAAGGUUGUCACCAACCGGACCUGCUCGAGUCAUUUCAAUGAUCACUCACUCAUUCAUCGAGUUUGAGAUCCAUGCCCGAAACGAAGAUGAGACCAAUGUUGGUGAUGACUUGAUCAUUGAAGGAUGCACCGAGAUCGAUAACUUUUUCGAGUCGAAAUCGUUCAUUGAUCACCGGCGCUUUUAUGGUGAAAGGUGUGCUCUGGACAUCAAGUAUAUAGUGAUGAUCAACGCGGUGGAGGCCCUGGUUGAAGUCACAGCCCUCCGCCUCGACACCAUUCCUGGUGGUGGUGUCAACAUGAAACUAUAUGCCAAGACUAGUGGCUUCAACGACGUAAUUCCACUAUUCCAAGGCAUCACUCCGGAGCCAGGUGGCAUGAUGAGAUUCGCCGUAGGGGUGGUGAGGCACAACCGCCUUGAUCUGUACAUCGAGGGGUCUCGGAGCGAUGAUGCUACGACCCUGUGCUGGCAGUGCGGUUUCUUCUCUGGCUACCAUGGGACGAAUGAAGAAGUCGCUGACCUGGGGGUGUUUGCAGCAUUUUCAGUCAAGGUCACCUGGAGAUCGUACAGAAAAAAAACCUGGUUGAUGAAGAAAAAAUAA